CUAGUCGACAUCUCGUCUCCGUCUCCACAGUGCGGUUGAAGGAUUAUUUUUCUGAAGUGGCCACACAGCGAGAGAGCGACACGGUCGCGUACCAAGUGCCACGUCAGCAAGUUGAAAGAUUCAAACGGGAAGGAACAGGAAGCGAGACGAGCGCCGCUCUUCAUCUCCCACACUCACUAACUCUCUCUCCUUCAGCAAAUUGAUUCUUCGAAGCCGAGGAAGCAAGAAGAGAAGAGCUCUCGUUUUCGCUGAAAAACCAAAACUAUCCGAUUUUCCUCUUCUCCGUCUCGAAAUGGGGAAUUUUCUGGCCAAGGAACCGCCGCCUCCGGUGGUGCUUGUCCCUCCGCUCUUUGAUUUCCCUCCUCUCUCCGCCCGUAGCAGGAUGUUGGAAUCGUCAUAUAACUUGCUGUUUGGGAAGCUUGCAUUGAAAUGUCUCUUUGAGGAUUACAUUGAAGAAGCACGUCACUUUUCUGCAAAGUUCCUGUUGAAGCCUAUUGAUGACCCUCAUGUGGACUUGGUUGCAUCUGUUUCAGGCCCUUUAGAUCGAAAUGUGGAAGGAGAUCUUGUUGGAAAUGCACAGUUUCGCUGGCAAAGUGAUGUCGAUGAUCCUCAUACCUUUGUGGACCUCUCUGUGUCGACCUCAAAUCCGGUUCUACUAAUGAGGUCUUCGGCUUACUACCCUAAGUAUGGGAUCGGAGCAUUUGCAGUCUACCCUUUGCUUUCGAAAAAUCUGAAAAAUGAAAAACUGUCUGAAGAAUACGGAAUCAUGGGGUUGAGAUAUGGCUCUACGAAUUUAUCUCUCGGAGCUACUGUAUCUCCUUUUACUACCAAGGACGAAUUGCCAAAGACUGCAUGGCUGGUUAGCCAGAUGGGAAGGCUUACCGUAGGAGUGCAGUAUGAGCCGCUAAAUGAAAGCAAAGACAUGGCAAAGUACAGCGACCUAAGGAACUGGAGCUGUGCUGCUGGGUAUGCAGUUGGGUCAAGAAGCCCCUUAAGCCCUUCUUUCAACUUUGGCCUUGAACUAGCAAGGAGCUCUCAGUUUAUUGCUUCGUUCUAUCAACAUGUAGUGGUCCAAAGACGGGUUAAAAAUCCUUUUGAAGAAAACGAAGUAGUUGGAAUCACAAACUACAUUGACUUAGGCUUUGAGCUACAAACGAGGGUUGAUGAUUCCAAGACGCCAGACAGUAUCUCAGAUUCUUCGUUGCAGAUGGCUGCGUCUUGGCAGGCGAAUAAGAACUUCUUGCUGAAGGGUAAAGUCGGAGCUCUUAGCUCAACAUUCACAGUAGCAUUCAAGUCAUGGUGGAAACCGUCUUUCACAUUCAAUAUCUCAGCAACUACUAAUCAUUCGACUGGAGAUACAGCAUGUGGGUUUGGUCUCCGUGUUGAUAACUUAAGGGAAGCCAGUUACCAAAGAGCUGAUCCAAACUUUGUAAUGCUGACACCAAACAAAGAACAUCUCGCUGAAGGGAUUGUGUGGAAGAUGGGGAAGAGACCAAUGUUUCAAUCCGAUGUAGACGCAGAGAAUUUCAAUCAACUCCCAAAAGAACUUAGACCACCCCAGAAGAUUCUCUAAACUAAUAUUAGUUUUUUCUUUAAUUUCUAUGUCACUCUUUUUUUUUUUUUUGGCUCAUCUACUUAGAUAUCACAACAGAGUCAAGAUUUUUAAUUAAGUUUGACUAAGGGAAGUUAUAAUUAUUUUUCAUAGCACAGUUUAUUAUAUUUUCUUUUUUAAUUAAAAAUAAAAGUUUCAAUAAAACAGAGGCCACAAUCCCAUUUGUCUAUGAAACAGAAAGAAAUGGCGACGAGUUGUUCGCUUCUCCUUUCUACUCUCUUCCUUCACUCUCCUCCUUCCUCUCAAUUCUCUAAUGGAACCUUCUUGAAUCUCUCCCAACGCUCGUCUCCGAGCUCGAUUUCUCUCUACUCUAUCCGAUCCAAACGGUGUUUUCGGGUUCUCUCGAAGCUUUCACUAGACGACAACGAAGGCGAUUGUUUUCUUACGUCUCUUGGACCUGCGUUAUCCGCCGUGAAGCCUCUCUUCCUCCUCUGCACCUCCGUCGCUCUGUCGUUUUCCCUCUUCUCCGCGUCCCCCGCCGUCGAAUCCGCUUCUGCGUUCGUCGUCACUACUCCGCGGAAGCUCCAGACUGAUGAGCUCGCGACGGUUCGAUUGUUCCAGGAGAACACUCCUUCCGUCGUAUACAUCACCAAUCUCGCCGUCAGGCAGGACGCGUUCACAUUGGACGUGCUUGAGGUGCCGCAAGGUUCUGGUUCAGGAUUCGUGUGGGAUAAGCAGGGCCACAUCGUUACCAAUUAUCAUGUCAUCCGUGGUGCUUCUGAUCUCAGGGUCACUCUUGCUGAUCAAACAACAUUUGAUGCAAAAAUCGUUGGAUUCGACCAAGACAAGGAUGUUGCAGUUCUACGUAUAGAUGCACCAAAAGACAAACUAAGACCUAUACCUGUUGGAGUCUCUGCAGAUCUGCUUGUCGGCCAGAAAGUCUUUGCCAUUGGGAAUCCUUUUGGACUUGAUCACACUCUUACAACUGGUGUUAUAAGUGGUCUGCGAAGAGAAAUUAGUUCAGCUGCGACGGGUCGUCCAAUUCAAGAUGUGAUACAGACGGAUGCAGCCAUUAACCCUGGCAACAGCGGAGGACCGCUUCUAGAUAGUUCAGGAACCCUAAUUGGUAUAAACACAGCCAUUUAUUCUCCUUCUGGUGCAUCCUCUGGAGUUGGCUUUUCGAUCCCAGUUGACACCGUUGGUGGUAUCGUUGAUCAGUUGGUGAGAUUUGGGAAAGUCACAAGGCCUAUCUUAGGUAUCAAAUUCGCACCGGACCAAUCUGUUGAGCAAUUGGGAGUGAGCGGCGUGCUCGUAUUGGAUGCUCCUCCAAGUGGUCCAGCUGGAAAAGCCGGACUUCAGUCAACGAAACGUGACGGUUACGGGAGACUAAUAUUAGGAGACAUAAUCACGUCGGUGAACGGUACAAAAGUUUCUAACGGCAGUGAUCUGUACCGGAUUCUCGAUCAAUGUAAAGUCGGUGAUGAGGUGACCGUAGAGGUUCUAAGAGGCGAUCACAAGGAGAAAAUAUCUGUAACUCUUGAACCAAAGUCGGACGAGACCUAGAUGGAUGUGGAAAGAAAGUAAAUAUAACGGGUAGAAAAAAGUCCGGUGGGGUUUAUUUUUGUAUUUUCAGUGGUUCGGAAAAAUAGAUCGUCCAAUUGUGUACAUAUAAAUGACAGACAAAAUCUGUUUAUAUUGCAUAGCCGGUCUUAUGGUUUGGAUUGGUUUCUAUUUCCGUUUUAGGUUUUAAACCUUAAAACCGUUUUUCUCCAAAGUUCUUGAACUAAUUGGGUCAAGGGUCAAGGGUCAUUGGAGAGUGACUCUUGACUUAAACAAAAGUACAGUAACUAGAAAGGUCAAACCGGGUUUUGUGGUCUGCAUGGUUCAUCUGGCAAUUGCAAAUUUUUG